UAUUACAAUCAGUAAUCAAUAUCCUGUUUGGACUGCAGAGUUGAAAAAUAAAACUAGCCUGUAGAGUAUAGCAGCUGAUAUUCAAUCAUGUCUGUAAAUUACUCGGAUGGCUUGUCUCCAUACAACCACAAGGGACGCUGUGGUCUGCCGGAAAAAUACGAUUCACCUGAAGAAGUUCAAGAAAAAGUAAAACAAUUGGCAGAAUGGGUUAAAAAAAGCAGUCACUUUGUGGUUCAUACGGGCGCUGGAAUUAGUACUGCCGCUGGAAUCCCAGACUUCAGAGGACCAAAAGGUGUUUGGACUCUGGAACAGAGGGGUGAGAAACCCAAUGUGAAUGUGACCUUUGAUAAUGCUCGCCCUACCCGAACUCACAUGGCUUUGGUUGCCUUGGAGAGAGCAGGUUAUGUAAAGUUUGUGAUCAGUCAGAAUGUCGAUGGUCUUCAGAUACGGUCCGGAUUUCCUCGAAAUCGUCUGUCCGAGUUACACGGCAACAUGUUUGUGGAGGAAUGUGAUAAAUGUGGAACUCAGUACAUAAGAAGCACAGCUGUACCGACAAUGGGUCUGAAACCAACAGGGGGCUCGUGUCUGAAAACCAAGGCAAGAGGAAGUGUUUGUCGAGGUAGGAUGAGAGACACCAUAUUGGACUGGGAAGAUGCCUUACCAGAGAAAGAUUUGGACAUGGCAGAUCUGAAUUCUAGGAAAACUGAUCUAAGUCUGUGCCUAGGAACAUCUUUACAGAUAAUACCUAGUGGAAAUCUACCUCUUCUUACUCGCAAAAAUCAUGGCAAUCUUGUCAUCGUCAACCUUCAGGCAACCAAACAUGAUCGUCAUGCAGAUUUACGAAUACAUACUUAUGUUGAUGAUGUAAUGAUGAAGUUAUGUGAAAUCAUUGGAGUAGAAAUUCCAGAGUAUGAGCAACCAACUGUCAACCUGGAAUCAAUUCACACAGUUAAAGGUGAAAAGAAAUGGAAUGUCCUGAUCAAAGAUGCAGUCUUAAAGUCAGAAAAUGUAAAAUCAGAAAAAAAAGUGAAGAAAAGACAUUUGGAAACAAAAACGGACACCCAAAUUAAAAAUGAUACCGUUAACGUUGAAGUCAAGCAGGAAACACAGAUUCCGAAUAUCAAGUUAGAAGAAGUGAAAUCAACUAGUGUGACUAAUUUAAAUGUUCAGAACAAAGCUGAGGACUUGUCUGGGUCUGAAGAUAAUAAAACGGAUCUCGCCAUCUCAAUAGGUACAUGUAUAGAGGAUUCUGAAUCUCUGUGUUGUCUCCCUUCAAGUACAGAUGUUGGAGAUAGCACAACUAACAAUGAACAACAGGCAAAAUCACGAGACUUUGGAUCAGACCAGGGACAAGUCACUCCAGAUUUACACAGAGAUCUUGAUGCUCCAGUUACAAAAUUCAGGAAACUUGAUGACAUUUGAUUUCAAUUUUUUAUCCUGUAGAUAUGAAUAUCAAUAAAAAAUACAUCUAUUUUAUCAUAGAUGUAUUUCUUCACUAUAUACA